AUGAAUCUCUUCUGGAUUUGUCUUUCCUUCCUCUUUCUCUCGGUUGUUCGGCUUAAUGGUGCCGACAAUGGAGGAUGGGAUACAGCCCAUGCGACCUUUUAUGGCGAUAUGGGUGGCGGUGAAACCAUAGGUGGAGCUUGCGGAUACAGCGAUUUAUUCUUGCAAAUCUACGGCCUCAAAACAACCGCUCUAAGCACCGCCCUGUUCAACGGCGGCGCCACCUGCGGCGCCUGCUACGAAAUCCAAUGCUUCAACGACCCCCAGUGGUGCGCUCCCGGCUCCAUCAUCGUCACCGCCACCAACUUCUGUCCUCCCAACUACUCCAAACCCUACGAAAAUUGGUGCAACCCACCCUUAAAACACUUCGAUCUCUCCAUGCCGAUGUUCGUCAAGAUCACAAAGGACUAUCACGCCGGCAUAGUUCCCGUCCUAUUCCGCCGCGUCACCUGCAGCAGAAAGGGCGGGAUAAAGUUCCAAAUGAAAGGGAAUCAGUGGACGCCAUUUGUGGUUGUGUUUAAUGUCGCUGGGGAUGGGGAUGUGACGGCUGUUUCCGUGAAGGCGGACGGGGGUGGAUGGACGGCGAUGAUCAGGAAUUGGGGGCAGGUUUGGCAGACGUCGGAGAAGUUGGUGGGAAGGAGUGUUUCGUUUUCGGUGACGACGAGUGAUGGGAGGACGGUGCAGUCUUUGAAUGUGGUGCCGAGGAACUGGCGUUUUGGUCAGAUUUUUGAGGGGAACCAGUUUUAG